CCUUCCUCGGGUCGAGGAUGCGCGCGCAGCGCUUUCCGCCUCCCGGAAGUUUACGCGGGACAACUAAGAAGGUGAGUCCUACUUCCCGCGAAGGGUCGGAGAAUCUGGCCGCAGAUACCUGGCUCCCAACCCCGCUCACGAAGUCCAGAGGUCUCUUCUAAGAUGGAGUUUCCAGCCCAGGGAAUCUGAAGGCCAGACUGUGACCCCAUUAAGCAUGAUCACCUUCUGUCCAAACUGUGGCAAAAAUAUCGAAGCGACAUUCAAAUUCUGCCCCUACUGCGGGAAACCUUUGCCUGUGGAGGAGCAUGAAGGGUGCCAGACCUUUGUCAGACCGCUUACGUCGUCCUUCCGAGGCUCAAAGAGAAAGAGGAGCACCAGUUCUGAAAGCUCUUCCAAGAAAGUGAGAUGGUCUAGCACUGUCACCUCUUCCUCGUCAUCCGUCUUCUCUGAUGGUGACAGUUCUGGGUCUGAAGAUACCUUGAGACCCUGUGAGAGACCCAAAGAGUCCUGGAGCAGACCCCCAACCCCCAAAAGCAGCCCACAAGCGACCAGGCAAAGCCCUCAGACCCUGAAGCGGAGCCGGGUGACAACCUCGCUUGAGGCUUUACCCACAGGGACGGUGGUGACAGACAAGAAUGGGCGACACUGGAAACUGGGAUCCCUCCAGACCAGGGACAACCAGGGCAUUCUCUAUAAAGCCGAGCCUGUCUCCACCUUCACCUGCAAGUCAAGUCCGCAGAAACAAAGAUUCUCGCUUAAACUAGAUGCCAAGGACGGGCGCUUGUUCAUUGAGCAGAACUUCUUCCAGCGGGCGGCCAAGCCUUUGCAAGUGCACAAGUGGAAGAAGCUGAACUCGACCCCCCUCCUGGCCAUCCCCACCUGUGUCGGUUUUGGCAUUCACCAGGACAGGUACAGGUUCUUGGUGUUUCCCACCCUGGGGAGGAGCCUUCAGUCGGUCCUGGAUGACAACCCAAAGCAUAUAAUGUCGGUGAGGUCUGUGUUCCAGAUGGCCUGCCGGCUGCUGGAUGCCCUGGAGUUCCUCCAUGAGAAUGAAUACGUCCAUGGAAAUGUGACAGCUGAGAACAUCUUUGUUAAUCCAGAGGACCUGAGCCAGGUGAUGCUGGGAGGCUAUGGUUUCACCUUCCGCUAUGCCCCCGGUGGCAAACACGUGGCCAAUGUGGAAGGCAGCAGGAGCCCACAUGAGGGGGACCUUGAGUUCAUUAGCCUUGACCUGCACAAGGGAUGUGGGCCCUUCCGCCGCAGCGACCUCCAGACCCUGGGCUACUGUUUGCUGAAGUGGCUGUACGGGAUCCUGCCAUGGACAAACUGCCUUCCCAACACCGAAAAGAUCAUGAAGCUGAAACAGAAGUUUCUUGACAACCCGGAGGCCCUCGUGGGACAGUGCAGUCGCUGGAUCAGUCCCUCAGAGACCCUGCAGGAGUACCUGAAGGUGGUGAUGGCCCUGAAGUACGACGAGAAGCCGCCCUACACCAUGCUGAGGAACAAUCUAGAAGCCCUGCUGCAGGAUCUGCGGCUGUCAGCCUACGACCCCCUGGACCUCCAGAUGAUACCAUAGAUCUUUCAACUCAUGGUUUGAAAUAGAAAAAAACCCAAACAAGAAAUGUGACUCAAGGCCUGCUGUAGUAUCACAGAUAUGCUUCUAGAAAGAUCCCUUGAAUGUGCAUGCCUGCUGCUUCUUUAAGCAUCACUAUGAAUCAGUCUUGAUUAGCAUCAGGGAACCCAGCAGUUAGGCUCCAGAUAAUGUGAAUUCCUCCUUUCGAUUGUCUCAUCCUUUCAGCCAUCGUCACCUACCAGCCUCUGGGGUUGUGGACAGAGAAGACCCCCAGCUCAUGGUCGGGGGUGAGCCAGCCCCCUCAGUCAGCACCCUUCCCGCUACUAUUGGCACUACUAUGAUUUGGUAAUAAAUUGUUUCGUUGGAGCUUGGAUAA